UAAAGAAGUGGGAUCAAAAUCAUCUGACAUUAUUUAUUGCUAAUGUAUAAAAGAUACAUAGAAGAACUUGAGUUCAAAAAUAGUUCAAAUAUACAAGCUGGACUUAAACAUCAGGACAAGUUAAUUGAAAGUUCAUCUCCAAGUAAAUUAGAAACUGACACAUUUACAAAGAUGUCUCUGGGAGAACUGAAGUUGACGAAACCAGCACCGGAAUGGUCUGCACAGGCUGUUGUCAAUGGAGAAUUUAAGGAGAUCUCACUGGCUGAUUACAGAGGGAAAUAUCUAGUUUUCUUUUUCUAUCCCGCAGAUUUCACAUUCGUCUGUCCGACAGAGAUUAUUUCAUUCAGUGACCGUGUUGAAGAAUUCCGUAAAAUAAAGUGUGAGGUGGUAGCGUGUUCUACUGACAGUCACUUCUCACAUCUAGCAUGGGUAAAUACUCCGAGAAAGCAGGGCGGUCUAGGUAACAUGAAUAUACCUCUGGUAGCUGACAAAACAUACAGUAUUGCAAAAUCCUACGGAGUACUCAAAGAAGAUGAGGGUAUAACUUUCAGAGGUUUGUUUAUUAUUGACGACAAGGGAAAUCUGCGUCAGAUAACCAUAAAUGAUCUCCCGGUCGGUAGAAAUGUGGAUGAGGUGUUGAGACUUGUGCAAGGAUUCCAGUUUACUGACAAGCAUGGAGAAGUAUGCCCUGCCAACUGGAAGCCUGGAUCUGACACAAUGAAGCCAGACCCGAAAGGAUCCCAAACUUACUUCAGUAAACACAACUGAACAAGCAACUCCGUGGAGAUCCCUUUAUUAUACAAAUGUGGAAAUUUGACUUUUGGGCAGACAUAUUGUUUAGUCUAAGGUGCUUUCUUCACCGACAGUUUAACAAAAUAACGUGACCUUUUUACACUCAUAGUGUUCAUCAUCAUCAUAGCUUUUUUUCCCAGUCAGUUUGUAGUUCAGUCAUUUUAAAGCAGUGUUUCUGUUGAGCAAAUCAAUACUCAAUUAAUCAUGAUCAAAUCUCCUUACUUUCUCCACAUGCUAAUAUGUGAAAGCUUACAUUGUUUCAAAUCUUUCACUGAUUUGUCUACUGCCAAAAUAUUCCUCUGUAAUGUUACUGUUUUAUCUUUUGUAGCAGAUACAGACGAUUCAGAUUUUUUCCCCAUUUUGAUGUACGAGUUCCUUUUGAAAGUGUGUUUUAUAUCAUAAGAGAUGAUGACUGCUCUGAUAUAUGUUUUCUUUAUACACCUCCUGAUGCAUUGUAGUGCUAUGUACAGUAUAACAGUUCUUUUUAUGUUAAUGUCUUACCACUGUUUGAUUUUUCCCUAUUUCAGUUUCAACAUGUAUUAAGUGAUGUAAUAAAUCAACUUCUACUCCACGUUCAGAGACACAUUUGCUUAAUUUUAUAAAAUUUUAAUUGAAUUGCAGAAUCUUGGCAAAAGGUUAUUGUUGAAAGAUUUAUAUUUUUGUAAAAAACUUUAAAAGAACUUGGAACAAAUAAUUGGUAUAGCCAACAGGAAAUGUUAAUGGAUAUAACAACCUUAAGCAAUAGAUAUUUCUUGAUUUAGAUAAUGAAUCUGUGUUGUUGUGGCUUCUCAGAAAGAAGGUCUUGCAAGGUUUUAGAUCUUUAUAAACAAAAUACUAGUGAUGACAAUAUUUUUUCUAGUCAUGUGGCCAGAUAGUAACGAUAAGGCUGUUUUUGGGGUGUUUUUUUUUCCGAAUAAUGAAGAACUGUUAGUUUCAUUGUGUUAAUUUCCAAAAUUAAAGAUAAAUGAUAUGCUCUGUGGUUAGAAAAGUGAUGAUUGGAGAAAUGUUUGAAUCAUUUUACUUGCCCAUAAUAUGACUGAGGACAAAAUCUCAAAGUUGUUUAUUUGUAUUUUGAGAGAAACAUUGCCAACUGAUAUAAUUUAAGUUUGUGAUGCUUAUGUUACUUCAAUAAUAUUCCUUGAUUUAAAAAGAAAAACUACAUCAGAUUUUUAUACACAAAAAUAAAAAAAAUUAGAAAUCUUCAUUGAAUUUAGUUAUUUUGUUAGUCACUACAGUCAGAUUAAGUGUAUUUUAUGUAAUUCAUAAAUGCAGCUUUUAGUGUUAUUUAUUCACAAAGUAGUUUACUUUGACUAACAGAUUUUGGUUUGGAAUUGUUUGAUACUAUUUUCUCUCUUACUCAACAUGGCAAAGUUCUGAUUUUAGUAAUUAAUACAUGCAUGUACUGUCUCAGUUUUUUUAUAGUUGAAAAAGAGUAUGUACAACCACAACAUGUAUUCAGAUAAAAGAUUUUGGUUUGUUACAAUUGAAGUACAUUUCCUACAUUGUUAUCUUGUUUACAAGUAACAAAAACGUUUAAUUGUGUUGUAUGUAUAUAACAAUUUCUGAUAGUAAGUAAAGUAUUGCUAAACUAGUCUUUCAGUGCUCUAUCCAGAUUAUCAAUCCUCAAAAAACGUGCAUUUCUUUUAUAAUUUCCAUCCAUUUAAAAUUUGUUUACAUUUUAAUACUUUUAUUUGCUAUAUCUUUAUUUGCAAGACUUUGUUGAUUUUAGGUUUUUUUUGGAGGACUUUUCUGAAUCAUGUGGGAUUUCAUUGAUUGAGAUUUUGUUGGAGUUUUGCAGUAUGUUUAGGCAGUAUUUCAUGGAGAAAGUAUUAAGACAAGAUUUUAGGUAUAGAAACACACAUGAAUACAGGGAUAUUGCAACUAAAGUAACAGCUUCACUGGAAAAAUGCAGUAUUGUGUUAUAAGAAAACUCGUCAUUGGCUUAGAAUUUUACAGUUUUUAUUGCAUAUGGAUUAAUAUAAUUAUAGUAGUAUACUUGUUUUCUCGGUUGAAAAAGUAAAUAAGAUUAAUGGUAAAUAAUCUCGUUUUGAUACUAAACUUAGUCUUUAUUUUCAUUUUAGAAUUUUUAAUAUUAUGUCUUUUUUUUCCCUGCUUGUUUCACAUGUAGCAUUAAUCUAGAAGUGUUCUAAUGCCCAUACAAUAUUUGUUAAGUUCUUUCAGUUUAGUGGAGGAUAGCUAAUGGUUUUUAAGGGUAAAGAAAAGUAAUGUUAGACAUGAGAAAUUGUUUUCUGUCACAAAAAUCACUUGAAGAAAUCACCUGUUAGAUAAAAAAAUAAAUGUUGUAGGUGAAACUAAA